GAAUGGGUCACUCCCACCCACUCAUUUUCUCAAUCAUAACACAUCCACUCCCACCUUCUUUCCCCACUCUCUGCUUCUCUGUCUUUUGCAAACACGCGCACAUACAAACACCAAAAAUUUUCACACUUCCUAUAAUCUAUCUUUUCUUUCAUAAUUCUAAACUAUCACUAAUCCCACUCCACUUCACUGGUUUUCCCCGACCAGACUAGUCCCAUCUUAACCAUUCACAUUUUUUCAAGGAAUUCUCCCCUGUGAUCUGUGCCUAUAAAUCUACUAAGCACACACGAAGGACAGUUGCAAAUUAAAAAAAGAAAAUGUCAAUGGACAUGAUGGCAACCGAACGUGUUUGUUAUGUUCACUGCAACUUCUGCAACACCACUCUAGCGGUUAGUGUUCCAUGCAGCAGUUUGUUGACCAUAGUGACGGUUAGAUGUGGGCAUUGUGCCAAUUUGCUAUCGGUUAACAUGGGAGCAUCACUUCAAACUUUUCCUUCUCAAGACCCUCAGUUACAGAGACAGCAUCAGCACCUAAGCAUUCAAGAAUCUAGCAGCAAGGAACUAGGAUCAUCAUCAAAAUGCAAAUCAUUCGAGCCUGUAGACCAUGAGCAGCCUAGGAUUCCUCCCAUUCGUCCUCCUGAGAAGAGACAACGUGUUCCUUCUGCUUAUAAUCGAUUCAUUAAGGAGGAAAUACAAAGAAUUAAGGCUAGUAAUCCAGAUAUCAGCCACAGAGAAGCAUUCAGCACAGCAGCCAAAAACUGGGCACAUUUCCCUCACAUUCACUUUGGGUUAAAGCUGGAUGGCAAUAAGCAAGCAAAGUUGGACCAGCAGGGAGAUGGAACUCAAAAGUCUAACGGAUUCUACUGAUUACGUAUAAAUGGAAGUCUAUAAUUAUCAGCUGGUUUUUUUCUGUGCUUGGCCUAAAUCAGUGAAAAAGGAGGUUGAUCAAAUUUCCCAAUCAUACAAUUGGAUGGGAGACUCUCAUGAAAAUUGACCUCAGCCUCUCACCCAUGUUUAAUAUAUAUAUAUAGAAUAUGUGUUUCCCUUUUCUAGUUGUUAUGAAAUGAUUGCUAUUCUUAUGAUUGCAUUAAAUUAUUAUGUGAACUUAGGCACCUAAGUAAUUAAACAUUGUAAGUCCCUUCCCUUAUAAUAAUGCGUAUUUUUAAUU